GGGGCGGAGGCAGAGCGGCUGCCCCCUCCUCCCCCCGCGGCGGGCUCCUCCCCGGGGGCGGAGGGCGGCCGCUCGGAGACGGGCAGGCUGCAGACCCAGUUGCGAGAGGCCUAUUAUCUGCUGAUCCAGGCCAUGCACGACCUUCCCCCUGACUCGGGCGCGCGGCGGGGCGGCGGGGGUUUGGUCGAUUGCGCCUGCCCCGCGGGAGCCCGGGCUCCGGGCCAGCCGCCUUCCCCCCGCGGCGCUGCGGACCGCAGAGCCUGGGAGUGGGGAGGCGGCGGCCGCCCUAGGCAGCAGGUGUCCCCGCCCCAGUCGCCUCCGUGGGAGUUGGGGGAAGAACGGCUGCUGACUUCUCGGAUGCCGCUGUCCUGCAGCAGAAGCCUCGAGAGCCUCCGGGUGGGUGCCAAACCGCCUCCCUUCCAGCGGUGGCCGAGCGACAGCUGGAUCAGGUGCGGCGCGCGCGGGGAGCCGGACGAGCCCUUGCCACGUGGAGGUGGGAUGGACGGCUGGAGCGGGGGCAGCGCCCGAGCCGCGGCGCCCGGGGGCCUCCUGCCUCCUGGCUCCAAGGACCCCGGCCGCUCUUCGGGAAGCCCUUUCAGGGAUCCUGCGGGGUCCUGUGUGAUACACAGCGGCAAAGGAGACCGCCAGGCGGGGCCGCCCUUCCUCAAGCCUCCGGCGGUGACAGUCAAGAAGCUGCAGAAGUGGAUGUAUAAAGGGCGCCUUCUGUCCUUAGGAGUGAAGGGUCGCGCCCGUGGGACACCCCCCAAAGUCACGGGAGCUCAGGCAGCCUCCCAAAAUCUGGGCGGUUUGAAAGUGCAUGGAAACCAUGCCCUCUCGGUGCCUGCAGACCAAAGAGUGACGCUGACAGAUUUAUUUGAAAAUGUCUGUGGGUCUUCAAUGAAGAGAAAGGAACUUGAAGAUCUGAAGGAUAAUAUUGAAUUCAGAAGUCAUAAGCCACUUACCAGCAUCACUGUUUCAAAGAAACGCAAUUGGCUGUAUCAGAGUACUCUGAGAUCUCUUAAUCUGGAAGAACGUAAAUGCCAAGAUAGAAGUCAUUUAUCCAUCUCACCUGUUUGUCUACCUAAACAUCAGCUAUCACAGCCUUUCCCCAAAUCAUCUGAAGAAUAUUGUACAUAUGUGGUGUAUAAUGCUACAAACUCUUCAUUAUCAAGAAACUGUUUUUUAGACUCUAAUGAGGAAAAUGAUGCAGAUGAUGAAGGAGAAAUAUGGUACAAUCCCAUUCCUGAGGAUGAUGACGUUGGUAUAACAAGUGCAUUGAGUUUAGGUGAGGCAAACUCUGCUGUUCUGAAGCUUCCUGCUGUCAGUGUGAGCAUAUUACCUGGUAGUGACUUUAUGAAAGCAGAUCAUAAUACUGAAGACCUGCUGUACUCUUCCGAACACACAGAUGAUGUUCAGACCACACAGUCAAAUGAAAUGAAUCCUAUAGAAUCCAUCCAUUCUACAGAAUUUGUGCAGCAGUACAAGCAAAAGCUAGGACACAAGAUACAAGAAGGUAUAAUGGUAAAGGACAGUCCCAUGUUGAAAUCUCCUUUUGCAGGUCCUGGGAUCCUAGCUGCUACCAAUAGGACUGAAUUAGGAGUUACAGAACCAUCUUCUCCAAACCCUAGCCUGGUGAAAAAAGGCAAUUCAGUUAAUUGGUCUUUGCCAGAUAAAAUAAAAUCUCCACGAACUGUGAGGAAACUUUCCAUGAAAAUGAAAAGGUUGCCAGAAUUUAGCCGAAAGUUGAGUGUUAAGGGAACCCUGAAUUAUAUAAACAGUCCAAAUAUUACUACUUCCUUGUCUAAAUGUAAUUGUCAGGAAAUUCAUCAUAGUGUUAUUCUGCCUUCUGGGAGCACAACCACAGCUGCUAAGAGGAAUGUUAUAAGCCGGUACCAUCUUGAUACCAGUGUAUCUUCUCAGCACAGUUACCAGAAGAAAACCUCUAUGAGUUCUAAGUAUUCCUGCAAAGGUGGUUACCUCAGUGAUGGAGAUUCACCUGAACUUAUAAAUAAAUCUAGCAAACAUGGAUCUGAAAACAAACUUGGAAAAGGAAAAGAAAUAAUUCCAAAUAGUUGUAGCAAGAUUGAAAUAGACAUUGAUGCUUUUAGACAUUAUAGCUUUUCUGAUCAACCUAAGUGUUCACAGUACAUAUCUGGGCUCAUGAGUGUGCAUUUCUAUGGUGCUGAGGAUUUAAAACCACCCCGGAUAGAUUCAAAAGAUGUGUUUUGUGCAAUUCAGGUAGAUUCAGUAAACAAAGCAAGAACAGCUUUGCUCACAUGUCGGACAACAUUUUUAGACAUGGAUCACACUUUCAACAUAGAAAUUGAAAAUGCCCAACAUUUGAAACUAGUAGUAUUCAGCUGGGAACCCACUCCAAGAAAAAAUCGAGUGUGUUGUCAUGGAACUGUUGUUCUCCCCACCCUGUUCAGAGUGACAAAGACACAUCAAUUGGCUGUCAAACUUGAACCUAGAGGUCUUAUUUAUGUGAAAGUGACUCUUCUGGAACAGUGGGAAAAUUCUCUUCAUGGACUAGAUAUAAAUCGAGAACCAGUAAUAUUUGGUGUUGAUAUUCGAAAAGUUGUAGAGAAAGAAAAUGUAGGAUUGAUGGUACCACUCCUGAUACAGAAAUGUGUUAUGGAAAUUGAAAAGAGAGGCUGUCAGGUAGUAGGCCUGUAUCGAUUAUGUGGUUCGGCAGCAGUCAAGAAAGAACUUCGAGAGGCUUUUGAGAGGGAUAGCAAAGCUGUUGGUCUGUGUGAAAACCAAUACCCAGAUAUAAAUGUAAUAACAGGUGUUCUUAAGGAUUAUUUAAGAGAACUUCCUUCUCCUCUGAUAACAAAGCAGCUUUAUGAGGCUGUAUUAGAUGCAAUGGUAAAAAGUCCUUUGAAAAUGUCAUUAAAUGGUUGUGAAAAUGACCCAAGUGAUUCUAAGUACACUGUUGACCUGCUCGAUUGUCUGCCUGAUGUUGAGAAGGCAACUCUAAAGAUGUUGUUGGACCAUUUGAAAUUGGUGGCUUCUUAUCAUGAAGUGAACAAAAUGACCUGCCAGAAUUUGGCCGUGUGCUUUGGACCAGUGUUAUUAAGUCAGAGGCAAGAGACUUCCACCCAUAACAACAGAGUCUUUACUGAUUCAGAAGAACUUGCAAGUGCUUUGGAUUUUAAAAAACAUAUUGAAGUUCUUCAUUACUUACUCCAACUUUGGCCAGUGCAACAUUUAACUGUCAAAGAAUCAACAGACAAUUUGUUCCCAGAGCCGAAGUCUUCUUUGAAUUACUUGAGGCGGAAGAAAGAAAGACCUUACAUGUUAAAUUUGGGUGGCACUGAUUCAUCAGGAGUACUUAGGCCAAGGCAAACCAGAUUAGACAGUCCACUUAGCAAUCGUUAUGCAGGAGACUGGAGCAGCUGUGGAGAAAACUACUUUUUAAAUUCAAAAGAAAAUUUAAAUGAUGUGGAUUAUGAUGAUGUCCCUUCAGAAGAUAGAGAAAAUGGAGAAGAUUAUAGCAAAAUGGAUGGACCAGAAAAAAUGAUUGAACAGCCAAUUCCCAUGUCCAAAGAGUGCACAUUUCAGACAUAUUUAACAAUGCAGACAAUUGAGUCCACAGUAGAUCGAAAAGUUAAUCUGAAAGAUCUACAAGAAAGUAUUGAUACUUUGAUUGGAAAUCUGGAACGUGAGCUCAAGAAAAACAAGCUUAGUAUGAGUGUUUGA